GGUGCUUCGAAUGCGGAAUAAUUUUUUAGUUUUCUCUUCGCUAAAAACUGUAUUUUUAUCGUUUCUUUAUUUAAACUUUUUCGAGAUCAAUAGCCAUGAAGUGUCAAAUUCCCGAGAUAUCCUGGCACAACCGAGAUCCAGUGCUAAGUGUUGAUAUUCAACCGAGGACCAGUUCAGAUAAAAAUGAACUCUACCGAUUGGCUUCUGGAGGAACCGAUACGCAUGUUUUGAUUUGGCACAUGACUCAAAGUGCCAAAUGUGGCACAAUUUCGUUGGACGUUGUUGCUGAUUUGGCUCGUCAUCAAAGAGCUGUCAAUGCGGUCCGAUGGUCCCCCAAUGGUGAACUACUGGCAUCCGGUGAUGAUGAAAGUGUUAUUUUCAUCUGGAAGCAAAAGGGCGAAACUGAAGUGUUGAAUAUCGUCGAUGCUACUAAUGAUCAGGACAAAGAGAUCUGGAUCACAUUAAAAAUUCUUCGUGGUCACAUGGAGGACGUCUACGAUCUGUGUUGGUCACCGAAUUCGAUGUAUCUAAUCAGUGGAUCAGUUGACAAUACGGCGAUGGUUUGGGAUGUCAACAAGGGAAAAUCGCAACACAUCUUUUCUGAUCACAAGGGUUUCGUGCAAGGAGUCGCUUGGGAUCCAAAAAAUCAAUACCUGGCGACUCUGAGUUCGGAUCGCUAUUUUCGCAUUUUUGAUUUACAAUCGAAAAAAGUUUUAACAAGAAAUAACAAAUGUUCGCUUCCGGUGCCUAAAGAUUCUCCGCUACAUGGACAAACAAUACGAUUGUAUCACGAUGAUACUUUACAAACGUUCUUCCGUCGAUUGAGUUUCAGUCCUGAUGGAAAUCUAAUAGUCACACCUGCUGGUGUAGCGGAGAUACCUGGAGUGCCAAAGCCCUUAAAUACGACCUACAUCUAUACGAGAAAUUCUCUGAGGCAGCCUGCUAUUACUUUACCGUCUCCAGAUCAAUAUACUGUUGCAGUUCGGUUUUGUCCACGGUAUUUCAAGCUGCGUCCCCAUCCUGCUCACAAGCCGCCGGUUAUUCCGCUUCCAUACAGGAUGAUAUUCGCGGUGGCCACCAAAAGUUCUGUUUACUUGUAUGACACACAACAGAAAUCUCCUUUUGCACUUAUCUCAAACAUUCAUUACACUCGGCUUACGGAUCUUUCCUGGUCGAGUGAUGGAACAAUUCUGAUUGUCUCGUCCACUGAUGGUUUUUGCUCUAUGAUUUCUUUUACGGAAGAUGAAUUAGGCGAAGCGCAUGUGCUGGAAACUGAUGAAUCUAGCGGUACUGAGAAGGAGAAAACUCCAACAAAAAAAGCUACUGCAGGAAGGAAGAAAUCAAAGGAUGGCAAAGAUGAAGAAAAGGAUAAGAAGGAAUCGAAGCUAGAAACGGUCCCAGAGGAACAUGAACGAAAAGAUGUAAAGCCAAUUGAAAUUGUAAAGUCCAAAGAGGACAAACCGGCACAACCGAUUGCAUUCCGAAGGAAGCCAAGAGAUGCUGAAAAUGUUACAGAACAAAAGACCGUUGAAAUAAAAUGCAUCAAAGAAGAUGAGAAUCCUCCUCAGCCAAUAGCUAUCAAGCGUAAACCGAAAGAAUCAGAACCAUCAAGUGAUAAAAUCAUUGAUAAAAUAAGCGAACCAAGGAAACGACCACGUUCAAACAGUGCUGAAAACGAUGGACAAUCCGAUGAGCCAAAACCAAUAGCAAUCCGUCGCAUUACAUUGGAAAACAACGACACAAAGUCAGGAAUAAUAGUGAAAGAAAUCCCACCGGUUAAAACGCCUGAUGAAAAAAUUGUGCAACCUGCGAAAGAAAUAAUAAUUGAAGCAGAAAAAAUUAUCAGUAGCGAAGAGAAAUUCGAAAGUCCAUCAAAAACAAAUCGACCGGCGACGCCAAUAGCCGUACGUCGACAUCCGCGAACUCCGGACGUCACUCCAUCAGCUGGUGGCCCGGAGAGCUCGGAUCAAGAUUCAGCCACUACUCCUAAGCCAACUUCGAAAAAAGCAGCCACUCCGAUUGCGGUCAGAAAGCACCCUCGCUGUUUGGCACCUGAUUCUGUGCAGCCAAAAGCUGUGACACCCACGGAAAUCGAAGAGGAUGCCGUUGACACAUGGCCAAUCGAUCAACCAAAACCGGUACCGAAAUCAAUUGUUUGUAAUUCAUCCCUCGCAGAAUCGGAACAAACCGAGGAUUUCAAGCUAGUUAUUUCCGAUGAUGAAGAUGAUGUUGUUACCGAAGAUCAGAAGAGUGUUGAGCAGGACAUUGAUGUUACCAAGGAAACAGAUUCGACUUCGGUUGCGGUGGUCACGACACCCAAAACGCCUCGACGAGUUGAGUUUCGUACUUUGUCUACGCCUAAGUCGAAGAAAAAGCUGCUCUAACUGAGUACGGUUCGAAGUUGCUUUUAAAUAUAAUAUAGUUAUUUUCU